AUGUCAGAUAGAUUUGACAGCUUCCCGCUCAUCAGCCUCCUGAGUGGCUGGGGAGUCGUCAGCGGCCCUGGAUUAUUCAUGCUCCGCAGCUUAGUAUCCGGCAUCUCAACCGCAACAGUGGCCGGCGUCUCAAGCGGCAUGGUCGGCAGCAUGAUCUGGGGGACAGCCGGUGUCCCCUUUCUCAUUGGAUCAUCUCUCGGUUUCGCGUUUGGUAGUUACCGCUGGUACGAAGUUGCGACCAGAGAAGCCAUGGUUCAGCUGGAGAUGUACCCCGCGCUGCUGCAGAUGCACAUCACGUCCAACUUUCCCUGGGUGCCGGAGCUGCACAGUAGAAAGCGGGAUUGGUAUACGGCUGAGACGUUUCGCAGAUCUUGGGUUAUGAAGAGCAUGCUUGUUGUUGGUUGGCUUUCGGCUGAGUCGUCAUUGCGUGAGAUUCGUGAGCGGAGGGAGGCGAGAUUGGUGGAAGAGUAUGUCGCUGCUGAAGAGGAAUCAGACUAG